AUGGAUAAAACUCCAGUGGAAUCAGUGGAGGGCAACUUGGAGUGUCGCUUGUGCCUGCAGGAUGCUGACUUUAUGGUUUCAAUAUUUGGUCAGCGUGCCCAGGAAGCGCAAAUGCGCCAAAUGCUUCAGCAGCAUUUAAAUCUUACGGUCACUGAAGAUAAAGCUCUUCCAACGCACAUCUGCCUCAAGUGCUGGCACACGGUAGAAUACAUUGAUACGUUCGUCCGACAGGUGGAACAAAAUCAAACGAUUCUAGCAAAUCGGCAGCAUGGUUUAAUUGUCUGCGAAUUAGAACCGAUCGAGGCGAGUAGGAAAAGUUUCGAAUUUAUCAAGGAAGCGAUAGAGAUCCGGUCCAGUCCACCGUCGUACGAUGAGGCACAGAAAACGAAACAGGCGACCACACUGGACGAAGAACAGGAGGAAGAACUUAUCGAAAUCAUUGAAGAACCGUACGAAGAGGUUUCGGUGGGAAAUGAUAAUCUAGAUCAGGAUUCAGAAAAUGUCGUCUACGAUCUACUACCUACGGGUGCUGACUCCAAUGAAGGAUCUGAUCCAUUAGAGAAAGAUUCUCCCAGUGAUCCUACCAAAAGCACGGGCGAAGAAGCUGGUAUUCUCGUUCGGGUAAAUGGCUACCUAUAUCCACAGAUGAUCCGGAACGGGAAAAUGGUUAUCAGUGGGGAAGAGUUGGACAAAUGUUUAGCCGCUUACUACGGAUUAAAGUGUGAACUUUGCCAGCAGCAGCAAAGUUGGACUACAAUUGAGGAACUUUUCCACCAUCAUCGGGAGGCACACGGAGAGCAAGGUUUUAUUAAGUGUUGUGAUAAGAAGAUGGAGAAAAAAACGCUUAUGGCGAUGCAUUUAGCACGACAUAUACAACCGGAAGCAUUCGAAUGUCCAAUAUGCAAGAAGCUGAUGACAACGCCACGCAUACUAAAAUCCCACAUCCAGAACCACCUACCGGAAGAAGAGCGGCCUUACAAAUGUGAACUAUGUCCACGACGGUUCGCCUACAUCAGUGCGCUUCUCAUACACGCUUCCACACACCGAAAAGAGAACGAAAAACACGGUGUCUACUAUCUGUGCUACAGCUGUGGCCGUGCAUUCCGUUCCAGUGAAAAGCUGGCGGAUCACAUUGCCGAGUCACACAAACCAAACAGUACCGGCAGCAAUUGCGUGUCUUGCGAAACGUGUGGCAAAACGUUCGUAACCAAGAGCAACCUUACCUACCAUCUGACCACACACCUACCGAAAGCGUUACAUCAGGUACAGUGUGAGCUUUGUGGAAAAUGGCUUAGGAACAAACUUUGCCUUCGGAGACAUCAGGUGCAACAUUCCCAGGUACGCCAUGCAUGUGAACAGUGUGACUACACAACGGUCAAUUCACAGAGCUUACAGCAUCAUCGGCGAGUCCAGCACACGGAUCACAAACCGUACGAAUGCAAAACCUGUGGCAAAUCGUUUAAGUUGAAAAGUAACCUCCGGGAACAUGCUGCCCAACAUGAUACGGAGAAAAGGUAUGCGUGCGAGUUCUGUUCACGGCGGUUUACCUCCAAGAGCAAUUAUUACUGUCACCGGAAGCGAAUACAUACCGCCGAGUUGGAGCAGCAAAACCGGCGAAGGGAGCAGGAAGAAAGUGCAUAUCGUAUCAAGCUAAAGCAGCAAACGGAGAAAUAA